GCGGGAGGCUCCCGCUCCCCUCCGCCAUGUUCGCGGAGCUGAACCAGCUGCUGGGCGCUUCCCCGCAGCGGCCGGACACGGGGAAGUUCACUCUGCUGCGAGACACCAGAGCAGAUGGCAGCUUCCUGGUGCACCAUUUCCUCUCCUUUUACCUCAGAGCUGGCUGCAAGGUUUGCUUCGUGGCCCUGCUGCAGUCCUUCAGCCACUACCGCAGCGUCGCCCUCCGGCUGGGAGUCAGUCUGACAGCUGCCAGGGAACAGGGCCAGCUUGUCUUCCUGGAGGGGCUCAAGUCCUGCCUUGACCUCUGCUUUGGAGAGGAGGAGCAGGAGCAGUCAGCAGGGCCCAGGCCUCUGCAGUUUCUCAGUGGGAGCACCUCGGACCUCAAGGCCUUGUUUGACUUCGUGCAGACAUCCCUGAGCCCUGCUGGCAGCGCCCCCUGGGGGGCUCCUGUGCUGCUGGUGGAUGACCUCAGCGUCCUGCUGGGGCUGGGGGCCUCACCGCUGGCAGUGCUGGACUUCAUCCACUACUGCAGGGUGGCAGUGUGCUCCCAGCUGAAGGGCAACAUCGUGGUGCUGGUCCACAGCCAGCAGGACUCUGCAGAUGAGGAGAAUGAGCUGCUUGGGAGCUGCCUGUGGCACCACAGUGACCUCAUCCUCUGGGUGCAGGGGCUGGCCACUGGCUUCUGCAAGGAUGUGCAUGGGCAGAUCAAAAUCAUCAGGAGAGUGUCCCUGGAGCUGCUGGGGGAGCAGGACCAGGUCCAGACCUACCAGUACAAGAUCCAGGACAAGAAUGUCUCCUUCUUUGCCCCAGGGCUGUCAGCUGCUGUCCUGUGAGCUGCUCUGAGGCCACCAUGGAGCCAGGCUGGGGGUUCCUCUGGAGUGGACAUGAGGGCUGCAAAGGUGCUGAGGGGACUGAGGCCUCUCUGCCAGGAGGAGAGGCUGAGAGGAUUGGGGCUGCUGAGCCUGGAGGGGAGCAGCCUGAGGGGGAUCUCAGCAAUGCUGAGCAAUGCUUCAGGGGUGGCUGUCAGGAGGAUGCCACCAGGCUUUGUUCUGUGGUGCCCAGGGACAGGACAAGGGGCAGUGGGCACAAACUUGGGCAUGAGAAGUUCCAUCUGAACGUGAGGAGGAACUUCUUUAACUGAAGGCUGCUGGAGGCCUGGAGCAGGCUGCCCAGAGAGGUGGUGGAGUCUCCAUCUCUGGGGAGAUUCCAGCCCCACCUGGUUGUGUUCCUGGGUGACCUUCUCUAGGUGCCCCUGCCUUGGCAGGGGAGUUGGGCUGGCUGCUCUCCAGAGGUCCCUUCCAGCCCCUGCCACUGUGUGACUGUGCUGUGCCUCCAGAGCAGGCUGGGCCAUGAGGGAAGAUCCAGCACAUGUUCACCUGCACCCCAAGGAGGGAACUGCCCUGCCCAGGGCUGGCUGCAUCCCUCUGUCCUCCCACCCCGUUCCCAGGCCAAGAGGAGUGCCAAGGCUGGCCCUUGGAGCUUGUCCAUGCAGGCAGGGGCUGCCCCUGGGCUGGGUGUGCCUCACCUCCUCCAGUGCAGCAUGCCAGGCUCACCCCACCCUGCCCCUGG